GGCUCUGGUUUACGGAUAAUAUCUUCAAAACCAUCGUUCCUUUGAGACGGGGAGAUAAAAGGCUGCCCAAAACCCCAGAGAGGGAGAGAGAACCCAACUGACAAGCUGUGUGUGUGUGUUGGCCGCUGUCAGCUGUUUUGAAAGCUUUACCGUCACACUUGAGGUGUCUUCUCAUUGGAGUCUGUCCUCACCACACAGGCACUUCUCAAAUUCUGCAGAAUGAACAGGGCUUUUAACAGGAGAAAGGAAAAGCCAGCCAUGCACACACCUGAAGCCCUGGUGAGAAGUCAUGUUGUAUAUAAUGCAAAGUUUUUGGGAAUCACAGAAGUGGAGCAGCCCAAAGGGACAGAUGUGGUCCGUGUGGCCGUCAGAAAGCUGAAGUUUCAAAGGCACAUCAAGAAGUCAGAGGGGCAGAAAACUCCUAAAGUGGAGCUUCACAUCUCUAUAUAUGGUGUGAAGAUACUGGACCUUAAAACAAAGGAGAUGCAGCACAACUGCCAACUUCACAGAAUGUCCUUCUGUGCAGAUGACAAAACAGAUAAAAGAAUCUUCACUUUUAUCUGUACAGAACCGGAGACAAAAAAACACCUGUGUUACGUGUUCAACAGCGAAAAAUGUGCAGAGGAGAUCACUCUUGCUAUUGGACAAGCCUUUGAUCUCGCCUACAAGAAGUUCCUGGAAUCUGGUGGAAAAGACGUAGAAACGAGAAAACAUAUUGGAAACCUUCAGAAACGAAUUCAGGAUUUAGAGAUGGAGAACUCUAAACUGAAGAAGAAACUGAUAGAGCUGGAGGAUCAGCUGGUGGAUUCUCGCUGCUCACCACCUCCUUUCUCAGCUCCUGCAUGCAUUUUGCAGAAACCAUCUGUCCUGUCCUGGUGUGGUGAUGAUAUCACAUCACUGUCCAGUCUAGAGAUCUCCUCUGUCACUUUAACACCCGUCAGCUCACCUGAUUCCAGCCAAUCAGCAAACUUGCUCACUCCACCUCCUGCUAAGCCCACCCUCUCACAGCCCACAAGUGGCUCCAACAUACCACGACCUCGUGCUGGAAGCAUACAAGCUACAGUGCUCUCUACUGAUAUAUUUGAUAUGGUUCCAUUCACCCCUGCGUCUCCAAUAACAAGAAGAGUGAAUUGUAACGGGAUCUCAUCUCCAUACUACCCACUGCCUCCAAAAGACAGAGAUAUAGACCUGUUUGGAGCAGAACCAUUCGAUCCGUUUAUCUGUGGACCUGCUGUCUUCACCCCAGACAUCCAGUCCAAGUUGGAUGAGAUACAAGAGGGGUUCCAAAUGGGACUAACUCUAAAGGGGACAGUUUUUUCUCUGGAUCAGGUGGACAGCCGAUGCUGAUUUUGGGAAGACAUUUUUGUACAGUAUAUACUGACAUUGUUGAUCUCAACUCUUAAUCGAAUUAUCAAAAUUGCUAAUCACAUUUUGAAUUGAGGUUGAAAGAAAAAUAAGAGGAGCCUCAGAAAGGUCUGUAAAGGUGAUUUCUAUUUUUAUAUAUUAUAAAGUAAACAUUUAAGAUUGUACAUAUGUUUGAUGAUUCUUGUUUUAAUGUCUUAAAUCUUGUAUCAGAAAUUGUUAAAAGAGACAAGACACAAAAAUCUAUUUUAGCUCUUUCUAGAAGUUCUCUGGAAUUUUGACCAAAUUUAAGUACGUUUUGAUUCAUUCACCAAAAAACGUUGUGGUUAUGGUCUUUUGAUCGUCAUUUUUAAGCCAUUUUAUACCACGUAAUGAACUAAAAACUAAAUAGGGAAGAUGAGGUCAUUGCUGUUCCAGUGUAGGUUCCUCAUGUUGUAAUGGUGCAAUCUUUAAUUUUGUGUUAAAUUGAAAGGCAACCUUAUAGGCUACUGUCCCAGCUAUUUUACAGGACUAUAGACGUUCUGAGCCAAUUAAAAACAGGUGUUAGAUAAUCUAUCUACCUUUUGGGUCUUUUAUAUAUUCAGCCCUUGAAGUUAGAAAGAGUUCUCAAUUUUCCUUUGCAGAUGUUCAGAAAGAUGAUCUUACCCUUCAUUGCUGGCUCUUUUAAUAUUUAUGUUAACUGCUUAUUUGCACUUUGAUGAUGAAUAAAAAACUGACAGCACACUC